GAACGUUCGACGGCAAGCGCAUUCCUGAGUCACAGUUUGUGUUUUCAACGCGUGUGAUACGCAUUAGACGCUCUUAUUUAGAGAAGUAACAUACUGGAGAGUUUAUUUUAAUCACAGACAACAAGAGAAAUCAUGUCGGAGAGCGUGGAAAAUGACUCUGCUACCGGUGUGCAAGAGCAGAGUAUUAUUCGCCAGGUGGAGUACUACUUUGGGGACACAAAUCUCGCCCGAGACAAAUUCCUGCAAGAGCAAGUGGCCAAGGAUCCGGAUGGCUGGGUCACGCUGGCGGUUUUGCUGACAUUCAAGCGCCUCGCGGCACUAACCACAGAUCCUGAUGUGGUGUGCAAGGCCCUGGACAAGUCAAGCACCGAGCCACGUGUUGUGGAGGUGAGUGAUGAUCGCUCGAAGCUGCGUCGCCAUCCGGAGAAUCCGCUGCCGGAGCAGAACGAGGAGACGCGCAAAGAGGUGCAGAGUCGUACAGUGUACGCUAAGGGGUUCCCGGUGGAGGAGACGACAAUUGAGGAGCUUCUUGAGUUCUUUCAACCUUUCGAGAAGGUUGUUAACAUUCAGAUGCGCCGGCGUCCGGACAAGAAGGACGGCGAGACGGUGCACGUGUUUAAGGGCAGUUGCUUCGUGACAUUCGCCACACGGGAGCAGGCGCAGGAGUUCAUCGCCAAGGAGAAGGUGGAGUACAAGGAAGCAAAUCUCAUCCGGAUGUUCAAGGCAGACUACCUGGAGAAGUCCAAGCUCGAGCAUGCGGAGGAGAAGAAGAAAAAGAAGCAGCAGCAGCAGGAAGAGGAAGAGAGCCACUUCUCUCUGCCCAAAGGCACCCUCUUGCACAUCACGGGCAUCGGUGCGGAGUCCACAAUUGAAUCUGUGAAGGCAGCUUUCGCCAAGCUGGAGGCUGAUGUGGCUUUUGUGGAUUAUCAGCGCGGCGAGAAGGAGGCAACCGUGCGUCUCAAAGUGGAGGAUUCGGCAAAGACGGUGUUUGAGAAGUUGGAGGGUGGCAAGGUGACGCUGGAUGGUGUGGAGGCGACUGCACGCGUGCUCGAGGGCGAUGAGGAGAAGGAAUUCCUGGCCAAGACCAUCAAAGCUUUGGCGGAGCGUCGGAAUUUGAAGAAGAACCGAGGCGGAAAGGCCAACAAAGGCUACGGCAAGUAUCAGAACAACAGGAAGCGCGUCGCCACAGCCAAUAAUGAUGAUGAGCCACCGGCUAAGAAAUGAAACUAUUCGCUUCUU